UGUAUGAAUAAAGCAAAAUAUAUAAGCCGUGAAUACCUUAACUUAGUUAAAAUUAUUUAUAAUAUAAUACUAAACAUAAAUAAUAAAUUAUUUUUAAACACAAGAAUAUUUGUAUUAGCUCUAACCAAAAAUCGACUCAAGCACUCUCACCACAACAUAAUUUUUAUCCGGGUAUUCCCCCAUCGCAUCACAUGUGUUGCUGUUUGAUUGUUUUGUGUUGUUUCUUCACAUUUAACUGGAUUAACGGAUGAUCAAUUGGAGUAAUUUUUAUGAAAUUAAAUUUUAGAAAACAUGUUUACUAACAGACCGAAUUCAGACGAAACGGAAGAUGAUUUACUGGCGUUUCAACGGGAUUUUCUCGCAAGUGGAUCUAAACCUGCAGCAACAGUGAUCAAAAAACGCAAAAGUGAUGAAGUUCCAGUUGCUAUACAUACUAAUGACAAAGAUAUCGUGAAAAUAGAUGACGAUGAACUAGAAGAAUUGAACAAAAAGCCCAAAAUACAGUCCCCCUUUGGAAGGAAUGAUGAAAAGGAUGUUACAUAUGCAGAGAAAAGUACAAGUUCAACAACAUGUGAAAAUGCAAACAAAGAGGAUGAAGAUAUGGAAACACAAAUGGAUGAACAUGACACUCACAUUACAGCAGUUCUGAGUAAAAUUGAGGAACGUAAUAUGGAUCAAAUGCCAAUAACAUUUCCUACUUUUAGAACAAGUGCAUUUCCAUCUGUAUUUCUCAGGGCAGACAAAAACGUAGACUCUGCCAAUAAAAAUACAAAUGAAUUCAGUCCACGGAAGAGCAUUUUUGCAAGACAAUUCAAGAAUAAAUCAUUAAGGGAUUACGGUAUGGAUGAUAGAAAGAAAAAUAAUGAAGCGGUUAUUGUGGAAGCAUGUCCAUUGAAACCACUUCCAGAGGCAAUUUCAAUUAACAAACUGAAGGAAUUAUAUCCAAAAUCAAGAAUAGUAUCUGGGGUUGGCCUAUCACAAAAGCCAUCGCAAUUUUCAAGCAACGAAUGUCAGAAAAUUCAUGAUGAAAAUAUAGAAAAAAUUUCAACUAUGUCUGAAACAGAAAUACUUGCAGAAAAAGAUAAACUGAUUCAUGAAUUGAAUCCAACAUUGGUGAAAUUUUUACAAAAUCGAUCUGUGUCAAAACCUAUAACAAAGGAAGAGAACUUUUUGAAAGAUUUAGCGAAGCAAGUCGUGGAGGACACCAGUGUCGAUCUGGAAGAUGGAAUUAGUUCAGGAGAUCAACAAAUGGAUACAGAAAAUGAUGGCAAUAUGGAUGAGUUUACAACAAAAGAAAAAUUUGUAAACAUGGAUAUUGUUGAAACAGAAAAAUUAGCAUGGAUGGAAAUGAUUCCAGAAAAACAUAGAAACAAACCUAAAAUUUCUUUCAGGUUUGAUUUUGAUGGCAAUAUUUUGGAUGACAACAUUAAUAUUCCAUCUCAUAUUGGUCUUCAUCAUCACGGCGAUGAACCUGACUUACCUGGUUAUAAUCUACAAGAGCUAUUUAUACUUUCACGUUCAAAUUUUACUCAACAAAGAGUUUUUGCAAUGACUUUAGUUGGAAAAAUUUUAGCGAAGGCUAAAGCAGGUGAAUAUGUCAAAGACACUUCUGAACCAGUACUGAAGAAUUUACUUGAAUCAGGAAUAUUAUUUCUAUUGCGUUGGUCUCUUGAUGAACAAUCUGAAACUCUUCUUCAAGCUUCCGUAUUUGCAUUACACUCAUUGCUUUGUCCAUCCAAUCAUACUGAGGAACUUCCUGAGUUGAAGUUUUUAUCAAAUCGUGGUUGUGAGACAAUGAAAUUAAACCCCAAUGUUGGUAUAAAACAAGAUGACACUGAUUAUGAAAUUGCUGAGAAAGAUGUGAUUGCUGGUCUUAUCAAAAUGAAAAUUUUACAGAGAAUAAGAUAUAUUCUAGAAGUUUGUCGACCAUCACCUGUGACUAUAAAUCAUUGUUUGGAUAUUUUAAUAAGGAUUUGUAAACAUUCUAUCAAAUCAUCAGUUGAAAUAUUCGAAUGUCCAAGAUUGGUUUCCUUCAUUAUCAAGUUUUUGAUUCCUGUUGUUAAGGGUGAUAUUGAUUCUGGAGACAAACCAGGAAGUUCUUUUAAAUAUCCAUUUCCGAAAGCUAUCAGAUUACUAAGAAUGUUAUGUAUUGCUGGAAGACAUCUCACAUCUCGAUUAUUAAAUGACCACAGAGAUGUUCAAGCAUUAAUAGUGAGAUAUGUUGCUAACGAUCAUGAUGAAAAUUAUUCGGAAACUGAGCAAGAAGUUCUGAAAUUAUGGAUUGUCUGUUGCUCGUAUGGAUUUCUCUGUGACUUAUUCAGCGAAUUAUUUCAAAUUAUCGUUUUACAAAUCCAAUCAUGUACCACAAUGUUAUCUUCUCAUAAUAAAAACGGUGAUUCAGAAUUCAAUGAAAGAUCACUGAAAAAAUGUGGAUUGAUUUUAAAAUUAUGUUCAGUUGUUUUCUCAUCUACAAAAAUUGAGAAUACAUCUCAAUGCGAAGAAAUAGGUCAACAAAAUGAGGUUAUUAUGAGCAUUGCAACAGAUAUAUUUCAGAAUAAUCAACUUAGUAAUUCAGUUCCAUUACUUCUAAUAACAACCGAUUUUCUGACAUCAUAUUCGGAAAUGCAGAGUAAUGAUUCGAAAUAUAGUUCGGUGAAUCUGGCAUCUUACUCUGAAAGAUUGUCAGAUAAUGUUCUACCCUCUAUUUACAAGUGUAUACAACUUCUCAAGUUCAAAAAUCUUGUUGGUGAUCAGAUAAGUGAAAAAAUACCAUCAUUGCCAGAAAUUGAUGUUGGAUUAUCAAAUUCAGAAGAUUUAAUGAAGUUUCAACUUCUUUCAACUUAUCUUCAAUGUUGUGUCACAAUCUGCAGAAUUAAUAAGAACUGCUGUCACGCUCCAGUGUUUCAAUCCACCAUUACACACAUAGUAGAAAAUUAUCAAUGGAUGUUAUCUUCUGAUGGAUGUGGAUCUAAUUAUUACAUGAAAGCCAGAAUAUAUUGUUUGUAUUGGUCAGUCAACCUUUAUCAAUUGGUGGUCACAAAUUUUGGGAAAAAUUUUACUCAGCAUGGACAUUUCUUCUACAUAGCAGCAUUUCGAUGUUUUACACAAUUUGGCUCUGGUGAUGAGCACUUGAUGCAUUGCUUGUUGUCUUCCGUCAUUUUUCAUCCUGAUUUAAUAAGAAAUGUUCUAAAUCCAACCACGGUUCUAACACAGUCAAUGGCAUCUAUGGAUGUUUCUAAAAGUUUAUCAGCAAUGGCAAGUGAUCCAGAUAGUACAAUUUCUUUAGCAGUAUCAAGCCUUUCAUCUAUCCGUUCCACAUACAUUUCAAGUCUAUAUGUUGAUCCAAAAAUACUCUCGGAGUCCAGAGACAGAAUUCAUAAAAAAGUUGAUACUAUUGCAACCUUUCUGUUGAGAUCUGAUGAAAAUGAGUCAUCUGUCCCUGCAGACUGGCCGUUCAUACCUUUGUUACAAAUAUAUGAUCAAAGUAUUUCCAGGGGUGAACUACCUGGAGGAAGUUUAACACAUAUUUCGAAUAGUUUGUUGUAUCUUUGUCUUUUGGAAUAUUCUUGUAAAGAUUGCCUUGCGUCCGUUUCUGUAACUGCAAAGAUUGUUCGCCUGAAGUGUGUUUUUCUGGCGGGAAAUGACAUUUUUCUUACAUCCAAUGUGAAAAAAUGCUUAAUGUUCUUGUUUUCUCAUUAUUGUGAUCUCAAAUCACCGCAAUUACUCGACUUCUCAUGCCCAAUUCCGGGAAUAUCAUCAUUCUAUGAUUUCUAUAUAUCACUCUUGGAACAAUACGAAGGAGUAUCGUAUGGUGACGAAUUGUUUUCUGCAGUUGUAUUACUUCCUUUACAUCAGUUGAAUAAUGGCAUCAAUGAUAUUAAGAAAGCAUUAUGGUCCGAUAGAAGAGAUAUAUUGCGGAUACUGAGCCUGCCAAUAUCAAAGCUGUUGAUUCCAGUGUCAUGGUAUUUGUAUCCAGUCGAAAACGACGUAUUUAUGAUUCGCUCCUAUGUCAGUGCUUUAGCUCAAGGUUAUUGUUCAGCUUUGAGAUGUCCUGUACCUUAUUUGAUGGCAAUUCAUCAUACAGCGCAAUUUCUAUUCAAUGAUGAGGUUGAUGUAUCGUUGGAAAGUAGAAAGGAGAUAUACCGUGGCGUUUUGAAGAUCAAACAAGAUGAAAUUCGUAAACAUAUUUUUCAUUAUAUUUCUCCUGAAGAGGGUAUCACCGGAUUUCGAUUUUCCUCUGAAAUGGCAGCGGACAGAAAAAGGACAAUAGCAUUUUUGUCCGUGUGAAUAUACCCAUAUGCGAAAUUGAAUAUGCUUGAAUAAAAUAUUGGCAAAUUUUUUGUGGCUAAUCAUACCCGCGAAGAACAUGAUUCAGGACGCAGUAUUGCCGUUUCCAAGUUUUGUGACAGUAUCCAGGGAGUAUUCUUUCGUCGAAAUUGACAGACGGUUUGGACUAUACACGAAGGCUAAAUCUCAUAAAGUAUUCUUCAUAAAUCUCACCACACCGAACAACUACUGUGUACCUAUAUACCUCUCGGAUCGUGUAUAAGUCCCCUAUAUCCUAAUCUAAAAUGUGCCAACCCACCUUUGUCAAUAAAACAGAACAGAUUUAUUGAA